AUUUUUAAAUUUUGGGUGUCGGGCUGUGCUAUGCCUCGUUGGUAGAGGCCAAGUUUGUCUCGUCAUGCCGGUGUUUUUGGAGGAUCCUUCUCAGUUCUCGAAAGAGAGGCUGAAGUCAGAAUUAAUUGCGCACAAUAUAGCUUUGCCUCCGGGUGAAAGUAAGAAACAGGAGUAUUUGGAACUUUACCUGAAAAACGUCGACGCAAAAAACGCUGCAGAUUUCUCCAGCGAUGAGGAGGAAGACCAGCCUGCCCAGGUUGACGGCCAGGAGCAGAGGCCAGAGGAGCCAGACAUGUGGGACCUGACUGGCCUAACGGAUGAGGACCUCAAAGCACGUCUGCUGCAGCAUGGCUUCCAGGCCGGACCCAUCACUGCUACGACGCGGUUGGUCUAUGAGAAGAAGCUUAGGAGGCUAAUGGAGCCGAAGACUCCGGCCCAGCUCGACGGCUCCGCAGACCAAGCCCUGUACUCCGACCGUGAGGAAGAGGAGCAGGGAGAGGAGGAGGAAUUGCCUGGCCCAGAGACUGUCGCAUGUGUGGAGAAGGACGCUGUUGGCAGUAAGAUGGAGACUGCCAGUGUGGAAGACUGGUACCCUCAGUGUUUUAUACCAUCCAACAGACGGGUAAAGGGCCAAGACAAACCCACGAAGCCCACUCCAGCUCCCUCUGCGUUCUCCGUGACUGAACUGGUGGAGGAGAUUGAGAAGAAGCGCUAUUUUACCCCAAAGACCCAGCCAGCGUUGGUGCAUAAUUGGAACGGUGAUGAGCCAGCGUCGGUGCAUAAUUGGAACAGUGAUUGGAGACCAGAGUCAUGUGGAAGGCGGGUGCUGGAUAAAUUCACGAUGACGGGCCAUUCCCUCCUCUACUCUCCACCCAUGUCCGAGUUCCGGCAUCAGAUGACCUGUCAAGUGCCCGUGACUGAUGUCCUCAUGGAAAUCUUCCCAGAGAUGGAGAAGACCCCAACUGGCAUCUCAGCAACCCGGCGCAGGCCGAUAAAGGGGGCAGCAGGGCGGCCGGUGCAGUUUAAGUACCCCGACACCCCACUGAGCCCCAACUCUGCUGACCAGCGGGAGGUGCAGCGGCGGCAGGUUCCGCUGUGGGUCCAGCUGCUGAUCUUCGCGCUGGUGUCGUUGCUGCUGUACCUCGCCUACGCGGCCACGGAGGAGUCGCUGGAGAGCCCGCUGACGCUACUGCUGGACGGCGUCACCCAGGCGGCCGCGGCGCUCCAAGAGGAGGUGGCGGCGCCCAGCGUGGACGAUGCUCCCGUGAUGGCCGAUGCUGCGGCGCCCCCUCUCUUGGGGGAGUAGAGGGACCUGACCUCCACCGCUCCCCGUCUGUUUUAUAGUCUGUCGAGUUUUUGUUACUUGUUAAUGUUUUUUGAUAUGUUCAAAUUUUAUUAUUGUUGAUGUUGAUUAUUGUCCUUAAUAAAG